UUAAACUAAAAGGGCAGGACUAUUAAAAAUAUAUUAUAAUGAGAAAGGGAAUAGAGUUUCUUUGUUGGCACCCUUAUAUGUCUCACUAGUUAAAAGCAAGUGUACAUUUUGAGUUGUUAUGUUACAUGCAGGAAGUGGAUAAGAGCAAGGUACUUUAACAAAGGUUUAGCUACAUCUGUUGGUGACCGACUAAACUCCUCGUUACCACCCUCAUUAUCAACUGUGAGGGACCUUGAUGGCCAUGGAUCACACACCCUAUCAAAUUCUGCGGGCAAUUUUGUUCCAGGAGCUAAUGUUUUUGGCCAUGGUAAUGGGACAGCAAGUGGGGGAUUGCCUGCAGCCCGUGUUGCAGCUUAUAAAGUAUGUUGGCCCAAAGUUGGAGACAGUGCAUGCAUGGAUGCAGACAUCCUUGCUGCCUUUGAUGCUACAAUUAGUGAUGGUGUUGAUGUGCUCUCACUGUCAAUCGGUGGGAUGCCAGCUGAGUAUUUUGAGGAUGGAAUUGCAAUUGGGUCCUUCCAUGCUGUCAAGAAUGGCAUUACUGUGGUUGCUGUUGCUGGUAAUUAUGGGCCAACACCAAGGACUGUGUCCAAUGUGGCACCCUGGAUAUUUACAAUUGGGGCUAGCAUAGUUGACAGAGUGUUCACAAGUUAUAUCACGCUUGGGAACAAGAAGAAGAUCAAGGUACAUAUACUCCAGUAUCCAUCAAAUAUUCAUCGUUGCACCAUCCUAUUAAUUUGUGAUGCUUCCAUUUCCAUUUCCAGGGAAUGAGUCUUUCUGCAACAAUUCUGCCAGGUGGGAAAUACUAUCCACUGAUCACUGGUGCAAGUGCUAAAUUAAAUGACGUCUCAGAAGUAGAAGCAUAUGUCAUCACUCCACAGUUUGUUUUUGGUGUUUCAGAGCAUCUAAUCACUUUGUUUAACAAUUUAUUUUGAAAAAUUGUUCAGCAACCUGUGUGAGCUAGAUUCACUUGAUCCUAGAAAGACUAAGGGGAAGAUUGUGGUGUGUCUUCAAGGGGGAGGUAGAACAACAGGGAAAGGGGUAGCGGCCCUAUAAGCCGAAGCUGUUGGCAUGAUUCUAGCAAAUGAUGAGCAAAGCUGGAAUGAAGCUUUUCCAUUUGCUCACAUGCUUCCAGUUGCUGAUGUCAAUUUCAUUGAUGGUCAAACUAUCUAUGCCUACAAUAAACUUCGCAUUAUUUAAUUCAAUCAAUAAACUCUUGGUAUUUCUUUCGUAUCUAGUAGUGUUUGAACCAGAACCAAGAAUUUAUUGAUUGAAUUAAAACAUGCUAAGUUGCUAACCUUGAGAAUUUAUGGAUCUAUGAAACUAGGCCCCCUAGAUGAGAAUGCAGCCAUAGAUGGAGCCGGUUUUAUACCCAAUACAGUCUUUACAUUUGUGAUGUUUGCUGCAGGUUUCCUAAGAAUGUUCAUAAAUAAAAUGAAGGAACAGUU